AUGCAGCAUGGCUUUGACCUUGCUGGCAAAAGCUCUCCCAGACAGGCCUGCUUUGGCGGGCCAUCUUCUUCGAUGGCUUUUAGCAGAUCACCAAUCAGCUUUACUAAAGUUCCUGUCACCGGCAUGUCACUGAACAUCGGCGCCAUCUCGGAAGGUGCACCGAAAUCUUUUUUACAAGGUGCCUGCCAGCCCGCUGUCACCGAUCCAACUGCUACUCAACAGGUCCCAAUUGUCAACCAGCCACCUGUUAAUUUGCCUUCCGCUCCCAGCUCAACGAAUGAAGUCGUAGAUCGGCCGCCAGCACCCAUGAAGGUUCCGAUUGCCGGAAAAGAAGCGAAAAAUGCCAAUGAAUCAUCAGAUUCCGAUUCCUCAGAAGAAGAAGAAGAUGAUGAUGAUGGCGAAGAAAGUGAUACUGGUUCAUCAUCCACCUGCCAACUGCCACAGCCCGUAUGGUCCACUCGUGCAUACAGUUGCAAAGAAGUAAGUAAGCCGGGAAUCGCACUUACGAUCUCGACGCCCUUGAAAUCAGCUGUUGGGUUUAUCGCUGAAGCAAGCAAACCUGGAAAACCGGUUAUACCCCAAAAGCCAGAAAUCAGGCCCGAAGCGCCCCCAGGGCAACAGAAAUUGCUCUCUGAACUGGCUGUUCAUCGAAACCCGACGAGUCUUGUUUCUUCUUCAGAAACAGUUACCAGCUGGGCGCCAGGAUGCGCCGAUGGGGUCGGCUUAGAUGCUGUACGAAGUGCUUCGGCGUCU